AUGGCUGCUUUGGGUAUACUGCUCUCUACAGGUGUCCAGAGACUGCACUGCGGUGCUGCGGCUUGGGCAGGCAGCCAGUGUCAACUCAGGCAGGGCCUUGCUGCCAACCCCUCCGGCUAUGGGCCCCUUAUGGAGCUCCCAAACUGGUCGUACGCGGAUGGCCGCCCUGCUCCUCCAAUGAAAGGCCAGCUUCGAAGAAAAGCCCAAAGGGAAAAGUUUGCGAGAGGAGUUGUACUGCUGUCACAGGAAAUGGAUGCUGGAUUACAGGCAUGGCAGCUCAGACAGCAGGAGAAGUUGCAGGAAGAAAAAAAGGAAGCAGCAGAAUGCUCUUAAACCCAAAGGGGCUCUACUACAAAACCCACGACCAAGUCAAU